AUGAAAUCAACGUGUCUAAAGUCGACUUUGAUUUCCUUCUAUUCACAGAAGAGAACAUCUUUUCUUCUAUGUAAAACACCAGUUGGAAUACUUCGUUAUGCUAUCUUAUGUUUCUUACUUGUGAUUAUUCUAUUUACUUUCGUUUUCGAAUUCUAUUAUCGACAUGGUCAAUGUGCAGUUGCUGAAAACUACUCGAAGAAAAACAUGAAACUAACUCAUCAAGUCAUGAACAUGUUCGACGAUCUGUCAAUCGCCUAUUGGCCUGAUUGUCAAUCCUUACUGAACGUUCUCCGAAAUGAAACAUACAAUGUAUGGGAUCAUGAUGUGGAUCUAUCAAUCGAAUGGCCAUUUGAAUCUAAUUAUAUUCAUUCGGAGCUAAAUGAUAUAAACUUCUUCAUUGAGAAAUUCGAAGAAUAUGGUUUUGUUGUUGAAUAUUACCCGAAUAGGCAACUACUAUCACUAUCAUCUCCAGACAAAAGAACGGCACGACAAGCGCACGUUGAUAUCUGGUUAUGGACACGUCGCUAUGAGAAUGACAGAGCAAUUGUUCUGCAAUUGUUGGAUUACAGUUUCAAAUAUCAAUCGAGAUUAUUUUCGGACGUUUAUCCCUUGAAAUCUGCGGCAUGGCUGGGAAGAAAUAUAAACAUUCCAAUUCGAUCACAUAAGAUCGCUUAUAUAGAAUUUGGCGCAUCGUAUCCCAAAGCACGUGUCUUUCGAAGAGAUUGCUUUCAUAAUUUGUUUAAUCUUCGGUGGUUGUAG